AUGAACUCUUGCUGGCUCGGUGCUCACAUACCGCGCCCUCCCUCUCCACAGCUGUACUCAGACUGCAGGUGCAUUGUGGGUAAUGUGUCCGGGGGUCCUGAGGCUGCAGCUGGACCGUGCCCCUCCUCCUGUCACAGAAUCCCGCUGUUCGCCGUCCUGGUCACCACAGCCUCGGUCUUCAUGCUGCUCCUCGCCAUGCCAGCGAUCACCGCCACGCUCAGAUGUGUGGCUGAGGAAGACAAGUCCUUCGCCCUCGGGAUCCAGUGGAUCCUGGGCCAGACUCUGGGGGCCAUCCCUGGGCCCAUCGUGGUGGGGGCCCUCAUAGACCAGGCCUGUCUGCUGCAGAGUGAAGGCUCCUGUUUACUGUACGAGAACUCUGAGCUCAGUCACUUCAUGGUCAUCGCCUCCAUGGCCUACGCGGCGGCAGGAUCCGUGUUCUUCACGUUAGCGCUCGUGUUCCACGGUCCUCCUCCAGAAACUCCUCCCCUUCCAGAGGCCCCUCCCCUUCCAGAUGCUCCUCCUCCAGAGGCUCCUGCAGGGGGCCCCCCUGAGCUGCAACAGACCUCAUUUUAA